ACAGAUCUCAAAGAAAAACCGCUCUAAAAAUGGGGAUCCGUGUUUGGAUGGACGUACUAAGAAACCGAAUGUAGAGGCCGACUUAAAGAAUCCAAUGCAGAAAAGUUAUUCUACCACUACAGUGGAAAAGGAACAAGGUGCUAAAAAAGGCAGUACCGAUUUAAAGGAUACUCAUAGUAAUGUCAAAUCGGACAAAAAGAAUCCCUUGUCGCAAUUUUAUUACAACGGCGUAGAAUCUGCAUUUGGUUCGCACUGUCCACCUAAGAAUUGUAAACAACGCUUACGUACUUCGAUCGUGGAGGGUAUUACGAAGGGGAAGAAGAUCGACGAAAAGGAAGAUCGCAAUCGCAGCGCAAAGUAUCGCGAGCCUGCUGCGAAAAAGUUUUUGUGGAGUGGAAAUUUUCAUCCCUUAAGAAAUCUUGGCGCUAGAACGUCGCUGACUGUAGAACCCGAUAAGAUCACCAUAACCCCGUCGAAAUAUUCGCCAUGCGCUAGUAGGCUCGCAGCCAGUUCGAAAAUAUUGUCAAACGAUUUAGGUGCGAAUUCCGACAGUCCCUUGCACGUUGCAAGAUCAAGAAGCCCGUCAAGGGUCGACGUACAAACAACGGAUAAUAAUACGUCGAAGAACGUUGAAAGAACGUCGAUGCAGGCCAGUUUGUCAUUGAACAUACAACAAUUUAUAAAGACUCGAUGUGCACCACGUAGUAAAAGUGUGGACGACAGCUGUGUAACCUCACUGACUAGCGAAGCUACGACGCUUAGCUAUUCACCCACUAGCACGGAGGUAUUGUCUUUAGGAGAGGUCGGUCAGCAAACGUCGUCAGCCGAAGGCUCUGCUAGUUAUUCAGAAGUGAAAGAGAAACUGGUCACAGAGUGCUCUGAUAAAGUUCAAAGAGCGUCAUUAGAGACUAAGUGUUAAUAACUCCAUACAUUUCGCCCAUUGCUGUUCCGCCAAUCUCUUCCAUGCGUUUUAAAAGGAGAGAAGACGCAAAUUUUUAUUAUUCGUUACGACGUCUAGGCUAUAUUUAACGUCAGUGAUAUACCGUCACACGCGACAGCAUACUCACACGUUUAUGAAGUUUACACUCCAUUUCCACGAAUGUGAAAAGAUAUGUGCGUAUAUGCGCGCGCGCGCGCGCAUGCAUCUCUAUCGUAUCACGUAUUCUACCUAUAAAACUCGUGCAUGUCCUCUGUGCAUGCAUGCGCGAUGUGUAAACGGAAUUUCCAUGCGACACAACUGCGAAACACACAUUGAUGUUACAAAUAUUCCAAGUAUUAUUAUUUCUAUUGUUUUUUUUCUUAUCUAAUUCUUUUUAUGAUCAAUUCCGUAGAUUCAUCAUUCUGCAUGUAUAGAUAGAAAUGUUUCCUUUUUCCUUCUUUUUUUUUUUCUUUUGUAUUUCUUUUUGUUAGAUUAGCGGAAGAAUUUCUACCGUGAUUGUGCAAUAUAUACAUUUCUCUUAUACUUUCGAAUUUGUUAUUAGAAAGAAAGAUAAAAAGGAACAAAAUUUAUCGUACCUGUGUCUACAGUGAUUGCGUUUAUUACGUGAUACAAUAAUAAUGCGGUGGUAUUCCUUCCGUUUCAUCGGAUUAUUCUUUAGAUCUUUUUUCUCCCCAUCGUUUCUUCGUUACUAUUUUUUUUCUUUCUUUUUUUUUUUUUUUUUUAACGCAGUAACGUCUAUGAACAUAUACGAUACACGAGUAUGCGACAUUAUUGCGUGGAUCUAGCUGAUUGAUCAAAAUGUCUGCCAGGAGGUAUGGUUCGUGAUACUGUUGUCAUUGUAUAAUGAUUAUAUGAUAUAUUUAUAUAUAUAUACAUAUUUAUACAUAUAAUGAUUAUGUAAUGAUAAUGCGAUAGCAUGUGAAGCAAGAAUCAUACUAUAUUAAUUUAAACAUCGUACGAAUAAAAUGAUACUCUUUUAUAAAGAAACACAAGGUUAGAAAUAACAUAAAAGAUAUUUAAUGAAAAAGAAAAUUCGAAAAAAAAAUAUGGAAAGAGGUCAUCUCUGUGAGAUGUUGAAAUAUCGCUUAUCAAUACAUAAAAAAUACGUUUUGUCUGUAUCGAUUGACAAGUUGAGGUUCUUAGAAAUCGCUAAAUAGUUUUUCUCUCGAUGAUCAUUCUUUUGCAUAAUUAUUAUUAUUAUUUUUUUUUUUGUUUGUUUCUUUUUGAUCGUGUAUACAAAAGAGCGAUGAAAAGAAGCAGUGUGAUUUUAAAGAGAGAGUUACGCUUUCGUGAUAAAGUUUACAAAGAAAUCUGUGGUAGUAAGGGCUGAGAUAUAUCUUCCAAGAUAGUAAAGAUUCUCUUUUAUAGGAUAAGAUGGAAUAGAAAAUAACGUUUGACGUGUUGCGAGGUCAUGUACGCGAUUUCUAACGGUCAGUGUUUUGCGUGUACCGUUGUAACGAACGCGUCGAUCGUGACGUGAAAGAACGUAAGCAACAAUAAUAAAGAACGGAAAUAGCUAGGGACAAUAUAACUGCCAAAUUUGACUAUGAAUUAGUUAACUUCUAAAGAGGCGAACCGUGUGUGAAGGAUCUUGUCUAUAGGUAUGUUUCUUGUUAGUAUUUUUAUAUCUCGAUAAUGUAUAUAGAGUGCAAUUAGACAUCUUCUUUAUUAGUGGUACGCAUUAACUACAACACACACUCACGGCGAUAGUUGCGAAGAUAUUGAGUGGAGCCUAUGGAAUAAAGGAUUAAAAUAAAAAAUAAAAAAAAUAAAAAAGGAGGUGAUCGAAAAAAAAGAAAGAAAAAAACGGAAGUUGGACGUUCGAGAAUGUUCGUUAGCAGCACACACACACACACACAUACACGUACAUACACGGGCGUAAUUCCAUUUUAAUGAUUAGACUUACUAAACUCUUGAACGACCUCACUAAUUUUAUAUAUAUACAUAUAUAAUAUAGAGAGAGAUUAUAUAUAUAUAUGUAUAUGUAAUGUAUAUUUAUCUAUAUAUAUAUAUAUAUGUAGACAAAUAUAUGUACAUAUAUAUAUUAAGAUUAAGGAGAAUAUAACGUUGAUAAGUGGCUACAGUCGCCUUGCAUCGCAUAAAAAACUUAAUUUAAAUACCUACAUCGUUGAACUUUUCAUUAUCGAUCGUACCAUAAAUAUCUCUUAUGAUUCGUAUUGAUAAGAAGAAAUUCGAAUAAAAAAAAGAAAGAAAACAAAAACGGUUUGUUUCGAGCGGCCGUCAUUCUCAACCUUCCAUUGUGGUAAUAUAUCGAAAGUACUUGCCGUUUGUUGAAUAUGGAGAUCGGAUGGUAAAGAAGGUCGCUACCAUUUUGAUCAGCGGUAUUAUAAUUCCACUCUAGUGUAUUAUUCUGUUUUACUUUUGGAAAAUUUUUUUAUUACUUUCUUGAUUGUAUACUUUAUGAAUUUUAUAGUUUUUAUUAUAUGAAAAUAAAUGAAAAAUGAAAAGAGAAAGAGAAAAGAAGAAAAACUAUCCACGUAAGAUUUAUAAAAUCACAAAUCUUUUAUUAUUCGUCGAUUCCAGUUUUAUGGAGUUUCAAUGAAUAUUUCUUUCUAUUCGCGUGAAUCGUAGACUUUCUUUUUUACAUUCAAUAAACUGUAAAUGACGUUCUUCCAACUCUGUACUCUCGGACAAUAGAGAUUCAUCGAAACACACACACAUAUAAACAAACAAACACACGUGUAUACUUAUAUCGAUUUCGAUUGUUAAAAAUUUAUCCAUUUGCAACGAUCUGUUCGUACGUACAACGGUGAGCGACCAGAGUGUAAAGGAAAUUGUUAAAGGUUAUCCACGCGAUUCACAAUCAUCGUUUAUCAAUGCGUACACAUUCAUUCCAUUGGCUCCCCUUGUAAGAUUAUACCGAUCUAAUAAGUAUUUCAUAAAUCGUGAAGAAAAGACAUUUACAUUGUUUCGUGUUCGAUAAGAAAGGAAAAAAGCAAAAAAAAAAAAGAAAAAGCAAAACAUACACAAGGAAUUUUGUACGGCGCACGACAAUUUAAACGUAUAUGUUCGCAUCCUUUCCUUUUAUUUUUUUUUCUUUCUUUCUCUUUUUUUUCUCUUUCUCUCUCUCUCUCCCUCACUUUAACCUUCCCCUCUCUGUCUUUCUCUCUCUGUCUCUCUUAUUCUUUGCUUUGUUCUCAAUCCCCUUUUUUACUCUCUCUCUCUCUUUCUCUCUCUCUCUCUCCCCCCCUCCCUCUCUGUUCGUCUAUCGCGUGUAGUGUAGUAGUAUGAUCGACCGGUUUUCGAGAAGCACUUUUCGUCUUUCAUCUUCGCAUCCAGCGAGAAAAAUGAUGCUCCGUUUGUGCUGCGUAUACGUCGCGAGUGUAACGACUAUCACGAUGGCACAACAUCGGUAUUUCUAAUAUUGUACAUAAUAGCGUAUAAGCGAUGUAUUAGGAGUAACGUUAUCUUACUUUGUUUUUCUUUUUUUUUCUUCGGUCGUGUUCAAUCGUGUAUUCAUAGGGGUAACAUGUGAGAGAAGGAGAGCUCGAUUUUUUUUUCUAGAUAUAGAGCGCUUCCAUCGGUCGAGAAUGAGUAUAAACGUAAGUUCGUGACUAUCGCAGCUUUUUCUUCGAGAACGGGAAAAGAGUAAGGAUAAGAGAGAAGUAAAGAGAGAGAAAAAUGAAGGAUGAGAUCAACCAUCUCGUACGAAUAUGCCGAAGAUUUAUUGCUAAUUUAAUGCGGAAAAAUAGUUACAAGGGAUUAUUUCUUACGAUAAUAACGUAGAGAAAGAAAAAGUAGAUUAAACGAUAAGAGACAGAGAGAGGGAGAGAGAGAGAGAGAGAGAGAGAAGAGGGAGGGGGAAGGAGAGAGGGAGAGAUAUAUAAAGAAAAGUUUGAAUAGAAUUAGAAGGGAAGGUAGGAAGAAAUAAGAGAAUGAAACAUGUAGGAAUAGAAAGAAAGAAAAAAAAAAGAAAAUACUUCUAGAUAACUCUGCGAGGGUUAUUUUAGAAUUUUAUACUUCCAUCACACUCGACUCGAGCGUACUGUAUAUGAGUACAUUGCGAAGUACUUUAUUAAUCUUGUGAAAUGUUAACACGAUGUAUAAUUAAAAUGUAAAUUACAUGUUUAAGCACAGAUAUCACAA